AUAACCUCUCUCCUCCUCUCCUUAUUUCUCUCACCUCUUCUCUGUCUUCUCCCUCUUUUAUAAACUUUCCAUCUCAUUCUUUUUCCUUUUCAUCUCUGUUUGGUUGCCGAGAAAGCGGAGGAAAAUUUUCUUCGCUUUUUAUUACCGAUCUUUCUGUUUUUUUUUUCUUUUGUUCUGUUUCUCUCGGUGACCAGAUUCCUGUAAAGCCUCGAACUUUCUCUAUGGCGGAAGAGCAUCGAUGUCAGACGCCGGAAGGCCACCGUCUCUGUGCUAACAACUGCGGCUUCCUCGGCAGCUCCGCCACCAUGAAUCUAUGCUCCAACUGCUACGGCGAUCUCUGCCUUAAGCAACAGCAAGCUUCCAUGAAAUCCACCGUCGAAUCCUCUCUCUCCGCCGUAUCUCCUCCGUCGUCAGAGAUCGGCUCUAUGCAAUCCACCGUUGAAUCCUCUCUCUCCGACGUAUCUCCUCCAUCACCGGAGACCAUUUCCAUCUCCUCUCCAAUGAUCCAGCCUCUCGUUCGAAACCCAUCAGCUGAAUUGGAGGUAACGGCGACGAAGACGGUGACUCCGCCGCCGGAGCAGCAGCAGAAACGGCCGAAUCGGUGCACGACGUGUAGGAAACGGGUCGGGUUGACCGGGUUCAAGUGCCGGUGCGGGACGACUUUUUGCGGGGCUCACAGGUACCCGGAGGUCCAUGGAUGCACCUUCGAUUUCAAAUCGGCCGGUCGCGAAGAGAUCGCCAAGGCGAACCCGCUCGUCAAAGCGGCGAAGCUUCAGAAGAUUUGAUCGCCGCCGUUCGAUGCGUUGACUUUUAAAUCAUCAUUUGAACGCGUUUGUCCCCCAGAAAUGGUGUUAGAUUGAUCUCAGCCGUUCAUGAUGUGUCAUUAUGUAAAAGAUAUGUACUACGAAGGACACGUGUCACGUGACGCUUUCCUCAUCUUCCCAAUUAAUUUUCUUUUCCCCAUAAAGAAAUAAGAUUAUUCGCGUUGGCUUUUCUCUCCGGCAAAGUGUGUGGCUUUUGCGUGUACAAAAUUAUUUAGACAAAAAAUAUAUAAAUUUUAUUA